GCCCUCGACCUUCAAGGACAGAAGAUGACGUUGUGGUCGUGUUCGUGGUGUGGAUGGGUGUGCAUGUUGUUGAUGACUGUGGUUUUGGUGGGCACAGCAGGAGCUGGAGGUAGUGUGACUGCCGCCAUCGGCGAAACAACUGCAGGUCAUGACACCACUCAGGGAGAGGAAGCCAGCACCCAAUCCCUCACAGCCGCGGCGGCAGAUGAUGAAGUUGUUGUAGGUGUUCCGGAAAGGGACACGGCAUAUUCGCGUGUGUGCAGGAUCAGCACAGUUGCGCAGAGGUUGGCGAACCGGGAACCCUUGACCAUCUACGUCGCAGGUAUCCAUCGGUCCGCCAGCACGUGGCAGUACAACACCAUCAAGAUGGCGCUGCAGCUGCAGCAACUCUGGCCGCUGAACGAGACCACUUGGUACUACACCACCUCCAACGAGACGCGGAAGGGCCUCUCUGAUCGGCGCACGGCAUCUGUGGUGCUGCUCAAAGUCCACGAUUUUGUCGUCCAUGCUCGGCAGGCUACCAUGGUGUUUGCCACAAUCCGCAACCUGGUUGAGGUUGGUGCGAGCAUCCUGCACAUGGAAACAACACUGGCCAGCGAGCGAACGCUUCUGCGCGCGUUGGAUCGGGAGGUGCAGUUUGUAUCGCGAUGGAUGACACACACGUGCCCCUGCUGCGUACAACGCUACCCAGACAUUGUGCACCACGAACGCGAAAUGACCCUGCAGCUGCUGCAGACUCUGGGCCUGGACACGGAAGUGGACGUUGACGACGUGAUAGCGGGUGUUGAGCGCCUUACGCAGGCGCGCACGCACAACCGACCAAGCGGCAACGUUACGGCGUUUCGCCACGACCGCCCAAAACUUGUCGAAAUCAUCGAGCAGCGGUUCUACCACUGGCACAUCCAGCACGGCCUAUGACCACGUCUGUGUGUGUGUGUGUAUGUGCGUCUGUGAGUGUUUGUGUGUGUAUGUGUGUGUGUGUGCGCGUGUAUUUGUGUGUGUAUUUGUGUGUGUGCGUGUGUAUUUGUGUGUGUAUUUGUGUGUGUGUGUGUGAAUGUUCGUGUGUUCGUGCAUGCGUGUGAUUAUGUGCAUCAUUGUUCAGCAGCUUGUCUGCCUCGUUUUGACUGGCUGAACGGUACAACGGCUGUCUAUGUUAUCCAGGGUGUUUGCGCAAUGUUAGUUACUCACGGUAUGACUACUCGCCAACCAGUCAGCAACGUGCUACAUAGUUCCAUGUUUUGGUGGUCCUGGUGUUACCGUUGUUGCGUCAACCCAGCCGUCAUUCACCAUGUUAUGCCACGUGUGAUACGAAUGCUGUUGUUCUUGCCAUGCCUGCCAGCGUGCUCCAAACCAGGCGUGCCAUCAUAAACUCUUGACCUCCAACAGCUUGUGCAACGCAUGGUGUGUCG